AUGUCAGUGACCAGCGGAGCCAACGGCCACAGCAAUGGCACCUCCUCCCAUGCCCUCUGCUCUGUCGGUGAGCUUGUCUCUCGAAGAUAUGACUUUGUCGUCGUGGGAGGAGGCACUGCAGGGCUUGUCGUCGCGGCUCGUUUGACAGAAGACCCCAAUAUCUCCGUGGCUGUUCUCGAGGCGGGAGAGAAUCGAAUGAACGACAAAAGCGUCUCGACUCCAUCUCUCUAUCCGACAAUGAUCGGCCGAAAAGAAUACGACUGGUGCAUGACGAGCAUCCCUCAACCCAACGCCGGAAAUAAAAUUUAUUCGAUGCCCCGCGGGAAAAUCCUCGGCGGCAGCUCCGGGAUCAAUUACCUCAUGUACGUCCGCGGCAGCAGAAACGACUACGACGGCUGGGAAGCAAUGGGUAACCAAGGCUGGGGCUGGGACGGCCUGGCCUCAUAUUUCCGCAAGCAUCAAACCCUCGACAGGACACCUGUACAUGAGGACCCUCAAUUUAUGCCCUGUGCCGGAGGCGACAAGUUCCAUGGCGCGAACGGGCCAAUCCACACGAGCUUCAACGAUUGGUACAUGCCGCUUGAAGUUGACUUUGCCAAGGCCGCAUAUGAAGUGACUGGCACCCAAAAGACCAUCUACGAUGCCUGGAGCGGCGACCAUCUUGGCUUCUACUCCAGCCUCGGCGCCAUUAAUCGGACGGAUGAUCCUGGAAACAGAUCCUACGCCGCCACCGGAUACCUGAGGCCCAAUCUCGGCCGGCCGAAUCUUCAAGUCCUGACCGAAGCUCAAGCAACAAAGGUCUUACUCGACGACAACAAAACCGCCACGGGCGUCGAAUUUGUGCACAAAGGCCAGAAAUUCGCUGUAUACGCGAAUCGAGAAGUCAUCCUUUCUGCCGGCGUCAUUCAGAGUCCUCAACUCCUCGAACUCUCGGGCAUUGGUGAUCCAGAUGUUCUCAAGAACGCGGGUGUCCCUUGUGUCGUCGAGAGCAAAGGUGUCGGCGCAAACUUCCAGGACCAUGUGCUCGGCGGGCUUUUGUACGAUCUGAAACCGGGUAUCGAUUCCAUGGACGCCCUGCAUGAUGAAGAGUUCAUGAAAAUGCAGCAGGAUGUGUAUCAGAAGACUCGGAAAGGCCCGUAUGGUUCUCCUGGUAUGAUGAUGGGGUUCGUUUCGUAUGCGUCGGUAGUAUCGCCUCAAGAAUUGGAAGCUACAAUCAAUGAAAUUCAGCAGAAGUCCCUGGCAAAGACGCCUUUUGAGAAGGCUCAAGAGAAAGUGAUUGUCGACCAACUCCGCGACCCCACCUUCGCCAACCUCCAAACAUUUUGCAUCCCCUGCCGCCUUGAUGUCGCCAAGGGCAGUGACCAAACCCAAUUCUUCGGCGCUCCUCCAUCAGGCAAACAACAAAUUUCCCUCCUUAUGUGCCUCGAACACCCCCUGUCCCGCGGCACCGUCCACAUAACCACUUCCGACCCGCUCGCCCCUCCCGAAAUCGACCCCGGUUACUUCCGGAACGAAGUCGACGCAAAGAUCCUCGCUGCGGGGAUGAAGUGGAUGGAUCAAGUCGCAAAGCACCCAUUGCUGGCCAAGUCAUUGGCAGAGAGAGAAUUGCCGCCUCAAAGCGUGAGUUUGGAUACUGAACAAGAAAGGGUUGAGUAUGUGAAGAAUCAUAUUAGUACGCAGUAUCAUUUAAUUGGGACGUGUGCGAUGGGUGAGGUGGUGGAUAACAACUUGCGCGUGAAAGGUGUCAAGGGACUGCGCGUCGUGGAUGCCUCUGUUUUCCCGGGCCAUAUAUCUGGGAAUAUCAUGGCAACUACGUACGCCGUGGCGGAAAAAGGAGCGGAUCUCAUCAAAGCUGAUAUCUAA